CCCCGUUCGUCUUAUCCACCUUCCAAGCCGGUAUCAGCUUUGUCAAGAUGCCUACAGAUCCGACAUCUCUGCGUAUUGCGGUGCUGGGCGCGGGGCAGAUGGGGGCAGGCAUGGCACAGGUAAUGGUGGACGCCGGACAUUCCGUGGUGUGUUGGGACGUGCCCCCCGAAGCUCUGGCCACGCUUGACAAGCGCAUUCGCACAACGACGCACCUCAACGAGGCAGUUGUUAGGGUAGACCUCGUGCUCGAGGCGAUAGCCGAGGAUCUGGCCAUCAAGGAGGAGGUGUACCGCCGCCUGUCGGCCCUGAACGCCGACUGCAUCGUCGCGAGCAAUACGUCAAGCCUGCCGGCGGAGAAGCUCGCAGCGGCACUGACUCCUCCUGAGCGCUUCGCGAUCGCGCACUUCUUCAACCCCGCCGCCAUCGUGCCGCUCGUCGAGAUCGUGCCCGCGCCCCAAACGGCGCCGGAAACGCUGCGCAAGCUCAAGGAAGUGAUGGAACGCGCAGGCAAGCUCCCCGUGGUCCUCAACCGCGCCGUGCCUGGCUUCGUCGCGAAUCGGCUACAGGCCGCGCUGUACCGCGAAGCCUACGCGCUGGCCGCGGACGGCGUCGCGUCCCCAGAAGACAUCGAUCUCGUCGUCCGCGCCGGCCUCGGCAGCCGGUGGGCGGCGGCCGGUCCCAUGAUGGUCACGGACCUCGGCGGCAUGGAUAUUUGGAAGGCAGUGACGGGGCAGCUGUUCCCCCUCCUCGCGUCGGACACGGUCACCCCCGCCGCGAUCGAGGAGCGCGUGCAGCGCGGUGACCUCGGGUCCAAGACGGGGCGCGGGAUCUACGAGCACGACCCCGAGGAGGACCAGCGCAUCAAGGACCGCAUGGCGGCGCAUUUCAAGCUUGAGUUUGGGCAGUGAUAGGCUUGCAGUAGAUGCAUGGGCAGCAGUGGCAGCAGAUCAGCAGAUGAGAGGACUGUCAGAUC